AUGCCUCCAGGAGACAUCGUCUACAUCCCGACAUAUGGGACCUCUAUCAUGAUUCUGGGGAGCUCCAAGGCUAUCUUUGAGCUGCUCGACAAACGCUCGGCCGUUACAUCCUCUCGGAGAGAUACACCGAUGAGGCACUUGGAUGGAAUACGGGACGAGUGGAGACGCCAUCGUCGUGCGUUCUGGCAGCACUUCACUCCAAACGCGACCAAGAGAUAUCUCGCUAUCCAGAGCGACUUUGCGCAUAUGUUCGCCCGAAAGCUUCUCAGUGAUCCAUCUGGUCUGAAACAGCAUGUCCGCUACACUUUCGCCGGGGCGAUCGUCAAAGUCGCAUAUGGAUUCACCGUUGGCGAGACUAACGACAAGUACAUCACACUCAUGGAGAAGGUGACGGAGGGACUGCAAGCAUUUGUACCCGGGAGGUACUUGGUAGAGUUCUUGCCUAUUGUUCGUUUCGUGCCUCCUUGGAUGCCCGGUGCUCGUUUCCACCAAGACUUUGCCGUUUGGCGUGGUGCUGCUGAUGAGGCACGGAAAGGGCUCUAUUUAAGGACGAAGCAGGGAUUGGAAAGCGGAGAGACUUCUCAAUCUGUUCUAGCGAAACUUCUGGAGACAGUUGGCGACGAGGGUCAUGAGAGGGAGAUUGCAGAGAACGUCUGCAUGGUCGCCUUUGAAGGGGGCGCCGACACGACCUACUCGACACUGCAAUCUUUCUUCCUCGCCAUGUCGCUCAGCCCAGAAAUACAGCACCGAGCCCAAGCAGAACUCCACUCUGUCGUCGGCCCAGAUCGCCUCCCCACCCACGACGACAGGCCCGCUCUCCCAUACGUGAACGCAAUCAUCAAGGAGUCCCUGCGGUGGCAGAACGUCCUGCCCCUGGGCGUGCACCAUACCACGACGGAGGACACCGUGUACGACGGAUAUUUUAUCCCGAAGGGCACGAUGCUCUUCCCUAACACCUGGACAUGCCUCCACGACCCGGAAGUCUUCCCCGACCCCGACCGGUUCUGGCCCGAACGCUUCCUCGGGCCCGACGGACAACUCGACCCCGCCGUGCGCGACCCGUCCAAGUACACGUUCGGCUACGGCCGCAGGAUAUGCCCGGGGAAGCACUUUGCCGACGCCUCUCUGUUCAUCAACAUGGCGACGGUCCUGCACGUCUUCGACAUCUCCCCCCCGCCCGAUGAGGACGGGAAGCCGGUGCGCAUUGAGCCCCGGAUGACGAACGGGAUCAUGUCGUACCCCGAGGACUGCAGGUGCACGGUCACCCCACGGUCGCAGCGCGCGAGGGAGCUCAUUUUGGAGGACCACUGA